AUGCCGUCAGCUCAAGUCAUGAAGCCCUCCGCUGUUGAUCCCAGAGAUAAUGCGGGCUGUUCCUAUUCCGCGGGCACCGAGGGCGACGACGCCGCACUGCCAUCCACGUCGGAAUACCUCAAAUCGUUGCCGGCCGAGAACCUGGAGCCGCUUUGGUCCAGAAUGGAUGCCAUGGUCCCCCGGGCACCCAAUCCAGUUGCGAAGCCCCAUGUAUGGAAAUUCAAGAACACGCUGCCGCUGCUGUCAACAGCAGGACGGCUGGUGUCGGAGGAGCAAGCAGAGAGGAGGGUGUUGAUGCUGGUGAACCCCAGUAUGAAUGUCAUCUACUCGGCCUUCAACGCCCCCGUAUCUGGCUGUAUCCUAACAGACUUCCACUGCGCAGGCGCUCCUCACACAACCGACACCAUCUACGGCGGCCUCCAGCUCGUCAAUCCUGGCGAGACGGCGCCCGCCCAUCGUCACAUGGCGUACGCGUGCCGCUUCAUCAUCUCUGGCCAAGGGUUUACAGCUGUCGAAGGCACAAGACUGCCGCUAAAGAGGGGUGACGUCGUCAUCACACCGUCCUGGCACUGGCACGACCACGGAAAUGAAAGCAAGAAGCCUGUCAUAUGGCUGGACGCCUUGAACCUGCCUCUCUUUACGUUUGCAAAGGUGCACUUUGCAGAAAACUACCCGGAAAAACGAUACCCCAGCACGUCGGGUGGUUCCAGCGAGUGGCAUCACCCUUGGGAAACGACCCAACGCGCCCUUGAUGCCAUGCCAGGGCUCCAUGCGACAUACCAUUACGAGACCACCGACGGCGAGCCGCUGUCCACCACGCUCGGGGUGCAGGCGGAGCGUGUCAAUGUCGGUGUGACCACAGACGUUACGCAAGACACUAGGUCCUUCAUCUACCACUGCUAUCAAGGGCAAGGCUGCUCCGUGAUAGAGUCACCUUCGGGCGCGAAAGAGCAGUUGGACUGGGAGACAGCAGACACAUUUGUGGUACCAGCGUGGUCAAAGGUACAGCACGUCAACCGAGGCGCAGACGCGGCCUACUUGGUCGCAAUUCACGAUGGGCCAUUGCUGGAUCGGCUGGGCCUGAGGAAGAAAGAGUGA